AUGGAGGAAGCAGAAGAAGAUGACAUGACAUGUGGAGACCUGGGAAAUGGAUUUGGGAGAAGACCUGGAGGUGUUUUUGAAGGGGAGGAUUUACAAAACUCCUAUUUGUUUAGAUCUAGGAAAGGAUCUGCAAAGGUUUGCAGUUCCCUCUUGUCAGCAAAGAGAGAGGAAGAAAGUGAUGCUGCAGCACUUCCCGGUUCAAAACGAAACAGUUUUUACAAUGGAUCAUCCAAAAAACCUGUUACCAGUUCCACGCGACAACACAGCUGUGAAUCUAAUACUGAAGUGUCCAAUGAAGAACUAAAGCAACAACUUCGGGAUGCUCUAGAGGAAGCUGAAAUUUUGAAAGUUGAGCUUGAAGCAUCUCAAAGACAGCUUGAAGGAAAAGAUGAAGCCCUAAGAAUUCUGCAGAGCAUGGCAGUAUUUAAUAAAGCCACUAGUCAUACAAAAGCAAUGCUUCAAAAAACUGAGGAAGAAAAGAGAACUUUAGAAAAGGAAAUAAAUAUUUUGCAGUGGGAAAUUGAGUUUGAUCAGGAUAGAUUUAAAAACAUAGAAGACACAUGGACAGAGAAAUAUGACAGGAUAUAUUGUGAAAAUGCAGCUCUCAAGGAAGCAUUGAAACUGAGAACGGAAGAGGUUAAAACCCUAAAAGCUGAAAAUGCAAUCCUGAAUCAGCAGUGCUUGGAAUUUCUUGCAAUGCUGGAUGUGAAACAACAGAAGGUUGUUCAGGAAAAUAUGUCCUUGAAUAAAAGUCACAUUACAGAUUUUACAGGUCUUGAACUGGCAGUUCUUGGAGCCUGCACCUGCAAUACUUCUGGGGGGCAACCUUGUCCCUGUGCUAAAAUGGCAGCUGUAACUCGAAAGCAACUUCUUCAUCUGAAGCAAGAGGUUGAAAAUCUGAAGAAGAGUAAAGAUGAAGCUUAUAUAAUGGCAGAUGCCUUCAGAAUUGCAUUUGAGCAGCAGCUAAUGCAGAGGAAGGACCAAGCCCUGAGGCUUGCCGAAGUGAUAAAGAUUAAGAAGGAAACAAAAUUUAUAAACUGGAGACGUCUGAAAGACGAUGGGCCUGUCAAGUUACAAGGGAACAAGAACAGUCUGGGACAAAAACUAUCCAACCUGCUCUCAUCAAAUGUGGACUGCAGGAAAGUUGAAGAGCUAGACAAUCCCCAUGAAAUCCUGAAGAUGUUAAUAGAUUUGAUAAAUGAUAAAGAGGAGGCUCUGGCUCAUCAGAGAAAGGUUAGUUACAUGCUAGCACGUGCAAUGGAGAUGAAAGAGGACGUUUUGGAACAGGAUAAAGGAAACGGCACGCUGGGGAGUCGUCCGUACGAAGCCCAGGGGUCAUCGAGCCAAAACCUCUGCUCUCAGAACAGUGUUUCUUCAGCUCCCAGUGCAAAAUCCUUUGAAAACCCAGUAAGGAUGCUGCGAAAAUCACACUCCUGGCCGUCAGAGACUGCGCGCUGUGAGGAAGACGACGGGCGGGGAGGAGCGGACCAAACCGUAGUGGUCUCUGUAUAG